GUAGUUGUGAAACAUCCAUUGAAAAAUGGUUGGACACAGGUGCUGUUUUGUUCAUUGCAAGAACAAGAGGGAAAACACAACGGGUGUGACGUUUUUCGGUUUUCCGAAGUGCGAGCGCCUGAAACAGUUGUGGAUAGCGAAAGUUCGUCGUCCCGGAUGGAAGUUGUAUAAGUCAAGCAGACUCUGUUCCGACCACUUCACCGCGGACUGCUUUGAGGAGGCAGAGAGACUACAACAAGAGUUUGGCUUAGUUCUUCCCGGAAAGCGACUAAGGCAAAGACUCAAACCUGACGCCGUCCCGUCACUUUUCGUUGAGCACGAAGGUGACUUCGAUGUACCGUCGAGUUCAUCGCGCCGUGAUAGUGAUGAGGAGCCCGGCACGUCAGGCUUUCCUUUCGAAGAGAUGAGUGUGCCACCAGUGCCAUUCCACCAUACUGUUUCACAAGAGUCUGGCGCACAAUGCACAGUAUCUACAGACACAGGGCCAAGACGAGCUAUGCGUGAUGCCACGACUCAGACAGAUAUGCAUGUCGAGGAGGGUCCUUCAGAUGCACGACCAAGAUCUACACGGGAUGUGAUGACUCAGACCACCAUUGAGCCUCCACCUCGUAUGGUCAUAGUGCAUGUACCAGUGGCACAAGACACCGCCCAAGCUUCCUCAUCUUCUAUGCCCGUCCCUCAUAUGGACGAGCCAAUAGACGCAUGCGUAUCACCCGAGAAUGACAACAUAACAUUCGGUACUCCCAGUCACCAGCCACUCAGAUCAUCAACACCUUUUGGGAACCCUCUUUCACCUGACCGCAUGGUGCUCUCAUUCUCAUCAGAAGGGCAGGAAGACACAGUCGACGUAUUUGAUGAGCAGCACAGUUCACAGAUACAAAAUGAUGACCCGUCCUACCAGCUCAGCUCGGAGCUUGGAUAUGACAGUGAUGGAGAGCCAGUUGACAUGGCAGAUACACGUCAUCUUGUCGACGAGCUGGAGGCUGGUGGGUAAGUGUUGUGAGGGAGUGCAGGUUGCUGUCCCCC